AUGUCCUCCUCUGCCGCUCUUCCCACGCCGACGCCGACGCCCGACGAGAUCGACGACCUGAUCUACUUCUCGCGCACCGGCGAUCUCGAAGGCCUCCAAGAACUCAUCGGCACACUGUGCACCACGCACGCCUGCGCUCCCUCCGUCAUCCUCGCCUCGGCAUUCGACGUUGACGAAGACGGCCUCGGCUCACAGUCCUCGCUGCUGCAUUACCCGGCGGCCAAUGGCAACGUCGAGAUUGUCAAUUACUUGAUUUCGCUGCUCAGGCCGGCUUCUGAGUCGGUGGGAGGGGGAGACGGUGCUUCAGUCACGGUGGGAGGAAAUAAUGCCAAUUCAUCCCGACAACUGGUCAAUCAUAAAAACGUCAACGGCAACACACCACUACACUGGGCAGGCAUGAACGGCCAUCUGGACGUGGUCAAGGCUUUGGUCCAUGCCGGUGCAGACCCCAGCAUUGUCAAUGCCGCCGGCCGGGACGCCGUGGUCGAGAGCGAGUGCAGUGCCAAAGAAGGCGCCGAGGCUUGUGCCGAGUGGAUGUUGAAGAAUUGUGACGGGCUGGAGAAGGCGUUUGGUGGUGGAAGUGAGAACGACGGCGAAGAAGGCGGAGUGGGAGUCGCUGCUAUGGAUGACAUGGUGGUUGACGGGGAGGGGGGUUCUGUUGGUUCUGAUGCUGGUGAAGGUGGAAGUGGAAAUGGAGCAAGAGAUCAGGCACCGUUGAAUUCCAUACAAGAGACGUGA